AUGAUGACCACCGCCGCCGCCGGUGCAGCUGCUAAUAGCAAUCGCUCGGCCGACAAGCCUUCGAAUUUUCGUGGCCAGCUGGGCCGGUUUCGACUGAAUCCCACUGUGUCUACGAACCUGCCUCCAACCGCGCCGCCGCCGCCGCCUGCAGCCUCAGUUCUUUCGUCCUCGGUGUCGCCCGGCUCCUCGUCUUCGGUUCACCAGGUCGAAUCGACUACGCCUGGUAGCUCGGCACUACUCGCGAACAACUCAGCCUUGUUGGGAAAACGCCCGCUGUCGCCGCAAAGCCCCGAGGGCGGCGAUCGCGAUGGCUCCGGCUCCAAGACCAAACGUGUCUCGACCGCAUGCGAAUUUUGUCGGAAACGGAAGAAGAAAUGCGACUUUCGCUAUCCCAACUGCACUGCCUGUACGCGCGCCGGUGUCGUGUGCACGGUGCUGACGCUGGGGCAAUCAGUCGCGCAUCAACCGGUACCUAGAGACCAGAUUGAGAACCUUGAGAAGCGCGUGGAAUGGCUGGAACAAUUAUUACGGUCACAGGCCGGGGUAGAUGUAACCAACAAACCCACGGGGGCGUAUAAUGUCAUCGAGGAGGGCCAAAGCCAGAGCCACCAGCAGCAACAACACCAGCAGCCAGAACCGCAACCACAGCCAAAGCAGGAAGAACAGGAAGAACAACCAGUAGAAACCGAUGAAUGGUUUCAAGUGCCAUCACUCCUGGGACAACCCCGGGCUGGUCCAGGCCUGGUCGCCCACGACGAAGGUCUCGACGUGGUGAGCUCGCCAAUGAGCAGACCAUCUUCUCUACCGCCUUUAGACGGCGGCCAACUACCGAACAUUUCAGAAAUAUUUCGCGACAAGCUCGAAAACCGGAGGAAUAUAGUUCCUCGGCCCGCGUCCUCUAUCAUCCCACACGUUCGCCUGUUAUCGUCGUGGGAAGAAGCAGAGCGGCUCGUGGGUUCGUAUUUUGAAGGCAUUGGGACACAGUACCCAUUUCUGCACAAAAUUGAAUUCAUGCGAGGAAUGCGGCGCAUUUAUCAAAGCCAACCAGUCUCCCCAGAGGUGCAGAAUUCAUAUCACAUCACAAUAGCAACUGCUCUUCUCACAACCACGAACGAUAUCACACAAGCAACUGCUUUCUACGGUGCAGCUAGGCAAACGUUACCGCCGACGCUACAGAAUGAGGACCGAGUGUCCUUGCAAGCUCUUUUGAGUUUGGCGCUAUAUUCGCUGUCGACCCCGUCGGGUCCAAGUAUUUGGCAUGUGUUGGGGACAGCCAUGAGGCUUACCACAAGUUUAGGCCUACACAAGGCAAGACCUCCCUCUAAUAUGACAACGAAAAAUAUCGUCGAGUAUGAAAUGGGCAAGCGUGCCUUUUGGAGUUUAUACAACCUGGAUCGGUUGAUCUCCGUCACGUUGAGCCGGCCGCUGGGCAUUUCCGACGAGGAUAUCGUAGUCGAUGUACCGCGCGAGCUGGAUGAAAACUGGAUGGAAGCCCCGGGAAACUGUUCAAUGUCGAUAUCAAUACAAGUCGUCCGAUUGCGCCGGAUUUUUUCGCGAAUAUAUGGAUGCCUGUACAACCCUCAUGCCGACCCAAGUAGCCCAAGCGUGAUGCCUAUAAUCCAUGAAUUUCGACAGGAGCUUGAUUCUUGGCGCAUAUCCGCUCCUGUUGUUGAAAGCUGUAUGCAUUACUCCACCAACUACUACGACUUUCUAUACAAUUCCGCUUUAUCUCUUUUAUACCGUCCAUCCACUCUCAACCCUUAUCCUGACGCUACUUGCAUCAUUGGCUGCGGUGAUUCGAGCAUCCUUCUCGUGCAGUCCUACUCGCGUAAUUACGCGGCUGGCAAGAUCAAAUGGCUGUGGAUUACCCUUUGCCACGUAUACUCUGCCGGCGUGACUAUUCUCUGGUGUCUGGAGCAGAACAUUCGCUCGCUACGACAGGGCAACGACCUUAUAUGGAAUAACCCGCAAGCGUACGACUCGCUUGACACUAUCCAAGUGUUACUCGAUGAAUUUCGACAGAAGCGGCAAGGGGCAGAUCGCCUCACCAGUCAGUUCAAGGCACAGACCCAGCAGGUCUUGAACCGCAUGUCCCAAGUCACAAUGGAGCAGCAGCAACAGUUGUACGAGCAGAUCCCGGCUAAUUUGAUGGCUCCCACCGACCCAUUGAUGAUCAUUAACCCGAUGUUCUACAACUACAAUUGGCUGGGCCAGGAGGUGGCAUCCUUUUAUGGUCUGUGA